CUAACAAACACCCUUGUCGGGUGGUUUGAGACCAAAAGGCCCCAAAGUCCUUGUUGGCAUACCUAGUUGCUAACGAACGUGUAACGAUUGCGUGUUCUCAUCUCAUAGUCAGUACUUGAAGAUGGUAUCCGUGAUCAGGCCGUCGAUGCGCUUCAUGACGAAUGCAUCACAAAUCCUCGGACAAAAUACAAGGCGCAUAGCCGGCAUUCUAACAUCACGCUCGCGGGCCUCGCUUUUCCCCCUCCAUGCGUCCCUUUCCACGUUGAAACGCCAUUUUGGCACUAAUGAAGCUACUCUACACAAGCCUUCCACUGAUUACGACUUAUACGUCGUACGAUCUCAAAGUUGGCAAAAAGACCCAUUGCAGGAGUCAUGGCAGCUCUCGGAUCUUGAUUACACAAUGCCUCCAGUUUUCCUAAAGACAAUGCUGGUAUACCCAAUUGAGAAGCCAUCCAUGCGGUCGGUGUUCCUUGGAAGAAUGUUAACUAGUUUGUCUGCUACACUCGACCACUAUCGCAUGUUGAACGCCGUUUUCAGAAAGGAACAUGGAGAGCUCAAGUUGAUUCGAACCAAGGUAGCUGCAAUUCCAUUUAUAGUGCACCAUUCAAUGCCCGUCAGCGGAUUUAGCUCUCUUGCCAAGUUGAAAAAUGCCGGGUUUCCUCCCAAUGACCUCAAGCUGCACGAAACACUGAAGGGCAAGAGCAAUUACCCUCCCGGGAUUCCGCGAAUGAAGGCUACUCUAGAAAAUCGACCGUUAGCUAAGUUUCAAGCGACUUGGAUCGAGGGUGGCGUAAUUUUGACAUAUGGGUUUCAUCACGUUGGCGUCGACGGUGCUGCCAUGUGCGCGUUCAUCGACCAGUGGGCGAGCAAUGCCAUGCACUUGGCUCACAAGAAGAAAAUCCCCCUGAGAACCUCGCUUCAUGACGAGUCUGAUCGCGGCCGUUUGAUGGGCAAGCGUACCUCGACAGAGAACAGAGUCGAUUCGUUGUCAACACGUCCCUCGACGCCUAAUUUGAGCGUCCAGGCGAAGAGUAUGCAGCCUGUAGUCAUUCACUUUCACAAGGACGGGAUACGAAGAAUCAAACAAGCAGCAUCUUCAGAACAUGAUAAGACGUCGACGUAUGACGCGAUCUGUGCUCUCAUCUGGAAAUGCGUCACAGCAGCUAGGCUCAAAGUAUACAAGCCUGCCCACGACGAGACCACUAUUCUUGCACAAACAGUUGAUCUUCGGUCCAGGUUCAAUCCGCCACUUAGCCCCCUUUUCCAAGGAAACGCUACAAUAGGCGUCUUGACAGAGCCGAUCCUGGUGACUGAUGCCGUAGCAGCCGGCAGUCUACCGCGCCUGAGUUCUCUCGUCCGUGCAGCCCACAGCGGGGUGACUGAAGCGAAGGUCCUGGAUCUUAUCAGCCGGGUGGCGACUUUGAAGGAUAAGACAUCAGCUGGCUUGGCUGCAAAGACCCUACAACGCUUUGAUAUGGCAUUAACGGAUAUGAGACAUGCAUCACACUAUACCGCCGACUUUGGCUUUGGCGCACCUUGUGCUGUCCGAAAUGUGUACCGGCCCGGCCUCCCUGGGACCAUUAGGGCCGUACCGUCAGCAACUGAUGGGGUGGCCGCAGACGAGCUUGCACUGGAAGUAGAGAUGCCAAUCGACCUAGAUUGUUUGGAACACUUCGUUACGGAUUCGGAGCUAUUGCAAUAUGCUGAUAUAGUUUGCGCAUAGUUAGGUACGGUUGCCGUCAACCCACUGACGUAUUGUCAACUGGCCUGAUUGACUAUAGAGUCGAAGGCAGCAUCUUAAGGUCAGAAUGAAAACCACAUUAACGUCAGCUUUCGGCUACCUACCUAGUUACUGGCAAUGCUUCCACGAAUCAUAGACGGACGAUAUUUUUUUUCCCCUUUUGUUUUCUUUUUUUCCUUUUUCUCAUUCGUCUUACACCAAUUCGAGCGUU